AUGCGCGGCACGGCGGCCUCUCAGCAGUCGCCCCCCUCUUGGGGUGCGGAUAUUUGUCCACAUCAGCAUGUCAAUGUCUCAAACACACCUGCCGGAUUACCUGCCCAACUAUCCUCCCUGAGCGGCUCUUUUCCAUCUCCGUUCUUGUACCCUGGCUAUUCUGAUGCAACAUCCGCAGCCCCCGUCUCGAGUCCUAACUACUUUGGCAUCGUGGUCGACAACUCCAUUAAUCCUCCCGAUUCAAGUCCGGGCCCCUACACGAAGAAGAACUGGGAUGCUCUUUCACAGACACACUCCUCGGUCCCAAGCCCGAGGCAUCAAACUCAGUCUCCAAACCCUGUGUUGAAGCAGAUUCUUCAACCGAAACGAUCUGAUUCCCGGUCCAUAGACAAGAGCUCCGAAGAGAACCCAAAUAUCGCCCCUCAGAAUCUGGCUCUGGACAAGGAAGCUCGAGACCCGACAUUGCAAGAUGACGGUGACUCCUCAGUUCCUCCAUGCAUGACGAGUAUGCCAACAGAGUUAUCAGCACAGGCUGGCGGGGACAAAGACAGUCCCCAUGUUGCAGACGACCCAAUGCUUGCAUUUACGAGAGGAACAAGUCCUCAACAGAUUCAAAAUCCAAGGAAAUUUUCGCCUGACAGUUAUCGGUCUCUAUCGCAUCCAAGUUCUGGGAUGACGCACUCUUCAGGCGCGGCUGGGCGAAAUCCCAGCCUGUCACUGCCUUUACGCAUCGCUCAACCAUCUGGUUCAAUUUCCCCAACACCUCGACGCGCAGAAACUCUACCUGUUUCUCUUGAUCGUGAACCCGUCAACUUUAUAUCCGCUGAGAAAUGCGCAGAAUUGCUUGAGACUGUUUCCGAACAGGUCUUACUGCUGGACAUAAGACCCUACCCUCAGUUUUCCCAAGCGAAUAUCCACGGAUCCCUGAACCUCUGUAUUCCAACGACGCUUUUGAAACGCCCGUCAUUCAACACCGAGAAGCUGAAGGAUACUUUCGUUGGCGAGUCGGAGAAGCAGAAAUUUGCUUCCUGGAGGCAGAGUACCUACAUCAUUGUUUACGAUUCAAACACAGAACACCCGCGAGACGCGGCGCUAUUGACCAAUGUCCUGAAGAAAUUCACUGCAGAAGGUUGGCAUGGCCAGGCAUUGAUUCUUCGUGGCGGUUUCGCCACUUUCGCCAGCCGUUUUCCAAAUCGUAUCCGAAAGCAGCAAGACGUGAAAGAGGCAAAUUCAACCAAGCAGCCACGGUCUAUGAGUUUGAGUCUGCCAUCAGUCGCUCCCGUUGCUGGAGGUUGCUCGUUACCGGACUCUUCAGCAACGGCUCCUUUCUUUAGCAAUAUCCGUCAGAAUAUGGAUCUGAUGGGUGGCGUUGGUCAGAUACCAGUGAAGCUUCCGGGGGCCUUGACCGAAUCCAAGAGAGAACUGUUGCCUUCCUGGCUGCGCAUUGCCUCUGACUCGAAAGAUCGAGGCCAGACCGUCUCGGAGAGGUUCCUGAAAAUCGAAGAGAGGGAAUUAGAACGCAUGCGAGAAGCCCUUUCCCCCGACGUCAGCUAUGAUAAGACGGGGUCGAAUACUCCAUCCAAGAAGUUCCGAGUGGCCGGAAUCGAAAAGGGAUCCAAAAAUAGAUAUAAUGACAUAUAUCCUUUUGAUCAUUCCAGAGUACGGCUUCAGGAUGUUCCCUUGGGUGGUUGUGAUUACGUGAACGCAAACCAUAUCAAAGCAGAAUACACAAAUAAGAGUUACAUAGCCACUCAGGCCCCUAUCCCUGACACAUUUACUGAUUUCUGGCGCGUGGUCUGGGAACAAGACGUCAGAGUGAUCGUAGCCCUCACCGCCGAAGUCGAGAGAGGGCAAGUCAAAUGCCACCAGUACUGGAACUCUGGAGACUACGGGCCUUUCAAGCUUAAGAUCCUUGCAGAGAGACGGGUGUUCAUGGAUGCAACAACGGCCGACGAUGAGCACUCGGAACUGACUCACCCUCAAUCCACACAAUCAGCUACCGCUGAAGAAAAGACACCCACACAAGAGCUUUAUCAGACCGGCGAUGAGGCUCCUUUCAUUCUUAUUCGACAUUUCAGCCUCUCACACUCUGCCUUUCCUUUCCAACCCAUUCGAGAGAUAACGCAACUGCAAUACGCGCACUGGCCAGACUUUGGAACUACUUCCCAGCCAACUCACCUCCUCAAAUUGGUAGAACAGUGCAACAAAAUAACGAGGACGAGCAGCAGUUGCAACAUUAGUAAUCAUGAAGCCGAACCCGCAGGCCAAAGACCCAUACUCGUUCAUUGUAGCGCAGGGUGCGGCCGGACAGGCACUUUCUGUACGGUUGACAGUGUAUUGGACAUGUUGAAGCGACAACGCAUGGAAAUGUCGAAGUCUGUCUCAGGGAAAAAUGCUGAUACGAAUCAAAACAGUCACCCUGGCGACUGGGUUUAUGAUGACAAUUUAGAUCUAGUCGCUAAGACUGUUGAAGAUUUUCGAACACAGCGGCCGAGUAUGGUGCAGAAUCUCAGUCAGUUCGUGCUCUGUUAUGAGAGUAUUCUGGAGUGGGUUGUUUCACAAUUGGGCGAUGGAGGAAAGUUCUGA